GAUAUUAGAGACAACAAAGCGCACCAUUGAAGGGUUGGUGCUCCUGGUCACUGUAAACAAGUGCUGCCCGCCAUUUCUCGCUGCUUACACACUCGCUCGCAUUUUCCGCCGCAUCAAAGUGUGAGCUCACAGGUUGACGUCACAGAGGAGUGAGGAAAGACACUACCACCACCGCCGCCACUACCACCAUGUCAGUCCACCCUCCACCAAAGAGGAAGGAGAUUUACAAGUACUCAGCGCAAUGGACACUCUACAGCAUGAACUGGUCUGUGCGGCCCGACAAGAGGUUCAGACUAGCGGUGGGCAGCUUUGUGGAGGAGUACAACAACAAGGUGCAAAUUGUCCAGCUGGAUGAAGACACCUCUGAGUUUGUGGUUCGCUCUACCUUCGACCACCCCUACCCCACCACCAAGAUUAUGUGGAUUCCUGAUAGUAAAGGCAUCUACCCUGACUUGCUGGCGACGAGUGGCGACUACCUGAGAGUGUGGCAACAGGGCAACGAUGGCGACACACGCAUGGCCUGCCUCCUCAACAAUAACAAGAACUCGGACUUCUGUGCUCCCCUCACGUCUUUUGACUGGAACGAGGUGGAGCCAAACCUCAUCGGCACCUCCUCCAUAGACACCACUUGCACCAUCUGGGGCCUGGAGACGGGGCAGAUGCUGGGGCGGGUCAAUGUAGUGUCGGGGCACGUCAAGACUCAACUCAUUGCUCACGACAAGGAGGUCUUUGAUAUCGCCUUCUCCCGCGCCGGUGGUGGACGUGAUAUGUUUGCUUCUGUUGGAGCGGAUGGGUCGGUGCGGAUGUUUGACCUGCGGCACCUUGAGCACUCCACCAUCAUCUACGAGGACCCUGCACACACCCCACUGCUGCGCCUCGCCUGGAACAAGCAGGACCCCAACUACCUGUCCACCGUGGCCAUGGACGCCUGCGAGUGUGUGUGUGUGUGUGUUAAACUGCCAUGCACUCCUCCUACCAGUCUCAACAACCACCGUGCCUGUGUCAAUGGCAUCGCAUGGGCACCUCACUCUUCCGUGCACAUCUGUACUGCAGGGGACGACCACCAGGCGCUGAUCUGGGACGUGCAACAGAUGCCCCGUGCCAUUGAGGACCCCAUACUAGCCUACACAGCCGCUGAGGGGGAGAUUAACCAGAUCCAGUGGGGCGCGACACAGCCUGACUGGAUCGCCAUCUGCUACAACAAGUGUCUGGAGAUCCUGCGAGUGUGAGAGAGGGAGAGCGGGAGUGAGAGGGAGAGUGCAAGUUGUGGGUGUUUCUUUGUGUGAUUUAUUGAUCUGUGUUUUGCUUCUGGUUUGGUUUCUUUGUUUUGGUUUUGAAGGUUUCUGGGGUGUGUGUGUGUCUCUGAGAGAG